CAUUGAAAGCAAACAAUUUUGCACAGACGCCGAAUGAAACACCCGGUUCUUUUUAUUUUGUUUCGUCUACGUUGUUGGCGUGAUAUGCUUAAUGAAAAACACGUCUGUUCUCGUGCUCUUCAGUACCGCAUCCUAAUUCGAACAAUCAGCAAGACGUGAAACAACAUUUUUAGUAAUAACGCGGAAAUAUCUGAAUUCGAUUCUGUAGUUUUUGUAAGAAAAAAAUUAGCAUACGUUAAGAAUAAAUAAAAUUCAGAUACGGUCUGAAUGGUGACUGAAAAUAACAGUAACCUGUGAAUAACAAUCGAUAUCUGCUUAUACUCGUAUCAGAACAGAAGCUUUGCAACAUCAACUUUAUAAAACACCGGAAUAAAUUCACACCUCCGCCAAAUAAUACCAGGUACUGAAGAUGCAGAAUAAUCAAAAUUGCGCGAACACAUUCUCCACCACUGACAUGAAAAACGAAGCAAUGAAAGAAAUUUUCCAACUUCUGGCCGAAGGAGAAAUCAAAUUAUGCAAUCAACCCAAAAUUGAAAAUGCUACGCUAGUAUUGGGUAACACAGGUGCUGGGAAAAGCGUAUUCACUCGACGAAUUGCAGGCUACGGAGCGACUCUCAAAUCAGUUGAAGAAGGUUUCGACUACGCCAUUGUCAAUCCUAACGAGGAGAGCGACACUAAAUCCUUCAUAGCAUCCAAUACAAUAUACCCAGAACUAUUGCAAGACCACAAUACAGGUGCCUAUUAUUAUGACUUCCCGGGUUUCUUAGAUACUAGAGGAGCAGCAAAUGAUAUAACCACGACGUAUUUCAUUAAAAGAACAAUCGACAAUGUUAAACGAGUCAAAUUACUGCUCCUUAUCAAUCACACCUCAUUAAGUAAUCAAGGAACAAGAGAUGACUUCAUUAGUCUACUAUCACAAGCAACAAAAUUAAUUAAAAACAUCGACAAAUAUAAAGAUGGGAUUAUACUAAUCGCAACAAAAAUUCAGUAUCCCCAAAAAACGGAUGAAGACAUCAUCUCCACCAUUGCCAAAUUCAUUAAAAAAGCGCAAAACGAUUUGCAGCAAAAAGGUAAAAGCAGUGUAGACAACACCAAUGUACUGAAGCUUCUCGACAUAAUAUUGCAGCAAGAUGGAAACACUUAUCCAAAAAUUGCCAUUUCCAGAUCACCUGAUCGGAAAGGACUUCUAAAUGAAAUUCCCAUAGUUCAGGAAAAUACCAUAAAAAUACAAUCAAUUCUUACAAUGCUGAAAUUCGUUGAAAAACACGAUUCAGAUUUUGGUUACAUCAUACCAAAGAAAUCACUGAUAGAUGUUAGCAACGUAUUGAAUGAAAUCAACCAUAGCAUCGCUGCUGGUAUGCGGGAACUCGGCAAAAAACUGCAGGAAUAUCUAAUAUUUGGUGAAAGUAAGUUGUAUGAUAUUUCUAAACUGUAUAAUGUGACAAGUUUGAGAUACGAUGAAAUAAGGAAAAUGAAAGAGAAUGCAGAUAAUCAAAAUCAAGUUGAAAAGUGUGUACAAAAGGUUCUUAAUGGAGUUGCAUCCAUGAAUGUCAACUCAAUACACCAAAAUACGAGUACAUUGCUGAUAAAAUAUGCAGACUUUUCAACAUUUCUGCACAAACUUAGUGAUCAUGCAAUAAAUGACGAGUUUAAAUGCGCCGAUGGAUUACAAGAUGUUAUCGAGUAUUCACGCAGGACGAAAAUAUGGUAUAAUUUUCUUAAUAAAUUAUAUGAAAGGUUAUCAGAUUAUGAAAUACAGAAGGAUACCUCAAAAAGCCCCUGUUCAGCGUUUGACGACCUAGUAACUGAAUCUUUGGAAAAUAAAAAUGAUUCUGAAUUCAAACUCGAUCCGCUCGUUUUGAAAAAGUGUUUUCCAAAUUACGAAUUGAAUUUUGAAGAGAUAACAAACAUGAAGGUCGAUAAAUCAAAGUUAAUAGAUUUAGGCAAGGUGUUGAAUUUUACACUGAAAAGCGAUCCAUCGUAUUCGUGCGAUUCCAAUAAAUUGGUGAUAAAAGGACACUAUUUUAAACUCGGAGAUUUGUCGAUUAUUCAAAAAAGAUAUUGCGAGGGGAUGCCAAAAUACAUAGAAAUCUUUGCACUGAGUAAGAUAUUCAUCAAUGAAGAUUUGCAUAAAAUAGGAGAAAUAGCACAACUUUCGAUAAUCUCUCCCAUUUGGGAGGUUUGGGGAGUUCGUAAAAUUACACUGGAUGGCGACCCAGGGAAGAUGCACUAUCCAGCAAAAGCGGCAGAAGGAACAAAUCCAGGAGAUCGUGGCUUUGAUGGUAUGCCUGGAUUACCUGGAGGGCAGGGAGGAAAUUUUCUAGGAAUAGGUGAAACUUUCACUAAUCUACAAGGUCUUCACAUUUCUGUUAGGGGUGGAAAAGGAGGAAGAGGGCAGAAUGGUGGUGAUGGCAAGAGUGGCCGCAAUGGUGAUGAUGCUUACGAUGAUACGUAUAUUUUACAUAGUGUUUAUAACAAGUCUAUGGACAAGUGGCAGCACGAACUCGGAUCCCAAAAUUUUAUCAUGAAGAAAACAGAACGCGGUGACAUUAUUUUAAUUGGCCAUUAUGGUCAAGCAGGAGGAGAUGGUGGCAAUGGUGGAAGGGGUGGUCUUGGAGGGAAUUCAGGUGAGAUUAUUUUUGGUCUCUCAGGACCCUCGUACAUAAAUAAUGUAAAUAAAAUAACAGGAACAGGAUGGAGAGGUUCAGAUGGCGAAGGUGGUGAAGGAGCUACAGGAGGAAAACAAGGAAAUAAUUUCCGGAAAUUCAAAUUACUCCUAUCUGAUGGAUUCAUAUCGCUCGGAGAAAAAAGCAUAAUCAAAAAUGAUUAUCGAGCAGCAAGAGGUAAUCGUGGUGAAGAUGGUUAUACAGAAACGGGAACACAACAUCCAAAACAAAGUGAAAGAGUGUUGACUACACCAGGGCACGAAUACAAAAACUAUAUAAAGGAAAAUCUGAAACGAAGUGUGAGAGAAUUUUACUUGACUGAAUUUCUUCAUAAAUUAAAGAAUGAUACACUUUUUCAAAAUCAUCGUAAAAGACGUGAUAUCAAUCAUUCAGAUCACAAACAAAUUACUGACCACAGACAUGUACUCGUGGCAAACAAUAUUGCAAGCUCACAUACCGCGGAGGCAUUGAAACCAAGCAACAAGAAAGCUGAAAGCAAAAGUCGCAGAACUCAUGAAAAUAUAAAUGAAACCAAUCACUUCACUCCUGAUAAGCCAAUCUUUGUGAAAAGUGCAGGCGCCAGAAUUCAUUCACCUAUCAACUCUGCUAUCCAUGUUGUGAGGAAUUUCUUUGGACAAUGGAUACUUUUUGGGGGUUCUAUUAUGAUGAAUUAUGGAUUAGUUAAAGCUGGCAUCGGAUCCAUGAUUGGAGAUUCAAAAUCUUCAGGUAUUCACACCAAUACUGAACGAAAUACGGAUCGUGCAAUAAAUCUUGGGAAUUUUAAUAUCAACGAAUCAUUGAUGUUGGCCGAUUUCGCAAUUCGUUGCAUAACAAAACAGAAAUUUUACAACAGAGAAGGGAAAUCUGUGGAUUUGGUUGAAGUGAAAGCCUCUGUACUCAGUAUUAUUACUGAAUUUGAAGAAAUACUGAGUGGUAUAUCAGCUGAGUACAAUUUAUCACCGGAAUCGCUGGAAUUUGAUCCGGUAACUCUGAUGUCUAAACUUGAAAAUGAGGUUAUUAAUAAAAAUUGCCAAGGGUUGGGGAAAAUAUUGUACCAAUCUAUUGAAAAAAAUAUUCAUCUAGAGAAUCCUCAAUCUCGUGGUUAUCUGUUGUGUAAAAUUGAUGAAAUGCUGCAGAAGAAAACAAAAUAUUCUGAGGAGCACUACAUCGAAGAUGACAAUCUCGAAGCAUUUAAUACGAGUAGGAUUAUUAGAAUGGAACCUUACAACAAUCUCAACUUAUAUCAGCUCGAGGUGAAUCAUCAACGGAGUUUCGAACAGAUAACUGUUUGUUAAUUCAAUGUUACAUGCUUUUAUCAGUGAUGCACAUGAGAUUAUUGUUUGAAACAGAUUUGAAAUUCCAAAAACAAACAUGGCGUUGGUUGGACAUAUGUAUUUUGCCUUUUCAUGACCUUCAUGAUUUAUUUACAUACAUGCCUAGUAUACACACGAUUGUUUAACCCAUAUUUUAGUAUAGACUACCAACAAUAUGCAUAAAUAAAUACAUAAUUACAUAUUUACUUUUUUUUUCUAAUAUAACUUCA